GAGAAUCUGUUUAUUAUUGUCGACCCAUUUGUAACCCUAAACUCAUCUGCGGCUCCUUGACGAAAUCAUCAAUGGAGAUCGAAGGAUCAUCAAAACCAAUGAUAGCAACACAGAAAGAGAUGGUGGAGGCAAAGGUGCCGCUAGCAUACAGAGACCAGUGCGCACACCUGCUCAUCCCGCUCAACAAGUGCCGCCAAUCCGAGUUCUAUCUCCCAUGGAAAUGCGAAGACGAGCGUCACACCUACGAGAAGUGCGAGUACGAGCUUGUUAUGGAGCGGAUGCUCCAGAUGCAGAAGCUCAAGCAAGCCAAUAAGCAGCCGCAGGGACAGGGAAGCUCCAUUCCUCUUAUUCCUAAAGCUGCCAAUGCCUGAUUUGCCCUAAUUCUUCCGGAUCGGAGAUUUAGGGUGCUUUUAAUGGGUGACUUUGGACUUCCAGUUGAUGUGUUUUUAUGUUUCCGGGAUGUUUAAAAAUUUUCAUCCUUGUUAAUAAAAGGAGGUACUGUCUCUAUCUUUGAUUCACUGAAAUUACCAAACAGUGAUAAAAUGUUAAAACUGGAAGACAAUGUAUUUCAGAUGCAAUAGUUUUUUUACACCAACUUAAUUUAA